AGUACUCGAAGUCUGCAGCUUGACCUAAAACGGUUGAAACAAAUUUACCUUCUAGGUUUCACACGGUAGAUGAGAAAGAUCGAGGACUAUGGCUUGUUACCCGAUCGGGAAUGUUUUCUAAUCAUUCCUUUGACAUUCUCUACUUUAUGUCGUCCCCUGUUACUAAUUUUACCGUAUGCACAUCUACCAUCUACUCUAACUAGUCUAUCACUUCCACAAUGCUUAGCAUCCGGCCCACGUUCCCGUGUGAGCUGAAAGUACUUCACAACCUAUUCAUGACAUGAAAGAUAAUAGACAAUUGGCCAUAGUUCUUUUAUGUAUAUCUAACAACCGAAAAGAAUAGAACAAAACUCUGGGAAGCUUCUGAAGCGUACGCUCUCGACUUCAAAGAAUUCUGGCAACAAGAGCUAAACAUGACCAUAUCCUGUCUAGAGAGGGCGUUGUAUAUAUUUGGUCUGGCAAGAACAGAAUUGGCAUUCACCUGAACAGCGCCUACAAUAUGACUAUAAAAACGAUUCAUGUCCUUUUCCAUUGUGUUUUCUCCUCACUCACCAUCAUCACAUUAACACACUCAAACAUCCAACUAUCAACAUCCACUUUUACGAUAGCAAGCAUUUCGAAAAAUCUUCGCCUUUUAGCCAACAUUUUCAAUCAGCACGCAGAAAAACGCACACUUCAUUCACCAUGUCUGAGGUAUACUGUUUCCCUUUUGCUACCUUGACUGAGUGUGAGUUUGAAGUAGAGAUGGCUCACUUCCUUCACAAACAUGGGUGGGAGCAGGAUAUUCCCAAUCCGUGCGUGCCUUUUGCCACCCAACCAACUUUUGUUGUUCAAUUUAAGUUCUGGGUUUCAUCCCUGAAGAGUUACAUCAAAGAUCCCGAACCCUACCUUCCUGGUCGAGUUCAUGAUCUUCAACGCCCUUAUGGAUCGAUUGCGGGCCGUACACUCUUCCACGCCUUCCACAGCAACGGAAUCACAAACUGCACGCAAGACGGUGGAUCUGAUGAAACAAGUAGUCACAAGAACGAUCCACAGCAUCCGCUUUGUCGAGGAUUGCCAUCAAUCUCUGCAUUAUUCGGUAGGUUACAAAGUCCAAUGGGAGAGGGAGGGGGCUACAACAUGAAAACAGAACCAUGGAUUCCCCUUUGGCAGAUCGAUGAAAUAAACGUACGAACAGAACGAAAGCCAAUGAAUAUUCAGCGGUACGACCUUUCUUAUAUGCAUGUUAUCUCUCCAGUACUUCCCCUCACCGAAGAAAGCUACCAAGAGGUAGACCGUGUCGCUGACACAAUCUGCCAAACGCUCAGAGUGCAAAACGAACGUGGUCCAGGAUUCAAUGUUCGCUGUGAAAGCCGCACUAACUUCGAAUGGUCGAGCACCCAACACUGCGUUCCCAAAGAUUUGAAGUAUACCUUGGAAAAACGUUUCUCUCGAGUUCCCCAGGUGGACAAGAGAAAAAGAGCCUCUUAUGCCGAUAGAAUGUUCGAGGAGCUUAUCACCACAGGGCCGCAACCGAGAGGACGUUAGUCGGAGGAGGCCCUUCCAACCUGAUGCUGCGAUAAGGAAUUUGAUUUUGAUAGCCUGGCGCUUCUACUUAUGAAUUCCUACAGAACGAUUUCCUAAGUUUGAAUUUAAAAAAAGAAAAACAAAAAAGAGACUGAUGAUUGAGCUGAUCUCUUCUCAGAUCCCCUUGAUGGGUUGACCUAUUAUGAAAACAAUUUCGCCAAAAACCCGAACACCUUUUGACUAUCGAUCUCGUGAAUAUAUAAUAAAUUGAAUUUGAACUAAUUUCUAACAUGUGUAACUUGUAUAUACAAUUGCAUCCAGUCAUGAAGAACCCGGAAUUUGCUCGAUCAAGGAAUUAAAGGAACGAGAAAAUAUAUGCUUGUGCUUCGAGAAUGAGAAUGGCUUUUUAAAUGCUAAUCAACGUCCAUCUAUUUGCUUCGGCCGUCAUUUCGUGUGAGCAUAGCAUACCAUUACCAUAUUGCGUCCCUGGACCACGGGUAUAUCUGGUACACACCGAUACAAGAAACCUAAGGAUUUGACGGGAUCUCUGGCCAAUUCUUCUACGCUGUGUAAGACAGCAGACAAGCAUUAAUACAGUGAGUGUUCUUGCAUUUGCUAACAAUUUGUAAGAUUUAUUUAUAAUUAGAACAUAAUUACUGAUUUGUGUAGUUAAUUAUAGGUAGAAAUCAUUUUUUAGUUCUGGUUAGAAGCUAGCAAUGCACACUCUAUCGAGAUGUUCAUUGUAAGAUUACUGUUGUUGCAGAUACAUACAUAGAAGCUGAGUUUCAAUGUCGGCUGCAGUUAUGAGAGACUGUAUAUUUCGUUUCGGGUAUGGUUUGUAUGAAGUGAUAUUGAUCGAAAAGUUGAAAUUAUUAUGCAUGAUUGUAUCUUUCGGGCCAGUACGUAUUCAUGUAGACAUGAGAAGUUCAUUAUCCUGUUCGAAUGCUGGGUACUGAGGAAGUAGUUGAUUCUGAGUUUUGUUGGAAGGAUCCCUCGAUUAAUUAAGAAGGUGUGUAUCAUCGAUAUCUCUGUGAUAUAGCGGAUGGAUGAAGUGAUGUUAAGAUUCCUAUGUCUUUAUAAUAUUAGCCC